AUUUUCAAAGGAUUUGGAUACUUUGUCAGCACUCAGGGUCACCAGAAUCAUCUGGUCACUCUGUGUUGCAAGGUCAGUUUUCAUUAAAUCAGAUACCAUCAGUUGGCGGGAUAUGAAGUUCAAUAUUUGUUUUGUUUUGGGUGGACCGGGUGCUGGGAAAGGUACAGUAUGCCAGCAAAUUGUGAAGGAAUAUGGAUUUGUACACUUAUCUGCUGGGGAAUUACUUCGACAAGCUCGUGAUUCAUCAGAUUCUGAAUUUGCUAGUGAAAUACAAGAACACAUGAAAAAUGGGACAAUCGUACCGGCUAAAAUUACCUGUGGUUUAUUAUAUCAAGCAAUGCGAAAAAAUUCUGAAAAUGCUAAUUGUACGAAUUUUCUUGUGGAUGGUUUUCCACGUAAUAAUGAAAAUCGUUUGUGUUGGGAAAAAGAUUUAGGCCCUCAUACAAUAUUAAAAAAUGUCAUUGUUUUGGAUUGUCCAGACGAUGGUUGAACUCUACCGAUUCAACGCAUAAUAUCAUGCUCGAUUCCUUCAUGGUAGUUAUUCAUUCGCUAGCCAGGAUUUUUUAAUACUGAGCAUGUGAAAUAUUCAGCAUAAUCUCCAGACCGAUUGUUUUUCAUGGCUGUAAAUCAAUUUUUAGCUAAUCUUGCUACUUGUUCCGUUUCAGAAUUUUGAAUAUUCACAUUUUCAGAUAAAGUGGGUAAUUUCAUUCCUUUUGAAAUUGAGUAAGAAGUAUUUAAUGAUAAAAUAUGGGAAUGUACUGUCUAGGAUAGCGAAUAGGAGAUAUGAAUUAACUACCUUAGUUGACUGUUAGAUAUUAGAAGUAUAAUUGGCCGAUGAAACUGGGGAUUGAAAAGUAUGGAUUGAUGCAAAACACUUUAAGCCAAAAGAAAGGUAAGGAAUAAUCCAAAUAGGUCGAUUUCGGAUCAUGUUACUCAACGUCUCUAAGCACUGAUUACAAUUAUCUAGGAAUCCCUAUCUGAUAUUUCAUAAUUACCUACUUGGUUUAGUCAAAUUAUUAAUAACUUCUUAGUCCAUUGCAUUGUCCUCGCUUGAACAAUUACAACACUAUCCCAACAUAUUCCUAUAUUAUCCAAUUCAAAAUGAUACAAUUGCAAAAUUCAGAAGGCACAAAUAAUCUACUAUUUCGACAAUUAUUACGUAAGUGAAACUGGUUUUUAUAUACGCAAAAUGUAAUCUCCAUGUAAUAUUUAAUUAACUAAUUUGUUUCUUCAGGUAUGUAUCCAGCGUUGCCUUGGACGAAAGUCGAAUCGAGUGGACGAUAAUGAAGAAACAUUAAAGCAUCGGUAAUUCUCUCAUGAUAGCUAUAUUCUGUUAAGAUGUUACGUGGUUUCAGGUAGCCGACUGUAAAACUUACUGGAAGUGACUUUACAUUCUACUGUUUUGUGAGUUGUUCAUGAUUUGUGUUAACUGAAUAAUUCAUUAACCCUUAUCAUUGGCGACGAGAAUCCAUAGGGCAAAGUGAAGUGCGCCAUUUUUAAGACUUAGUUUUCUAACCACUUCUUAUUGUAGUAAAAUGAAAUUGCUGCAAAUGCUGAUUGUUUAUGGGCAACAACUUGAGGCCAUCUCAAUCUAGUACAGUAUGAUUUACCCUUGAACCAUGAGUUUGCUACUUUUCCUUAAAAUGAUUUCUUUCAACCAAUCGACUUUUUCGUUCCUUACUAGUUGUUUCAUGGAUAUUAGUAAAUUAUAACUUAAUGUGUUUUUUAUUUCAAUGAUUGAUGAACAUUCCAGUAUAAAACAAUUCAAAGAACAAUGUAUGCCGAUUAUCGAAUUCUAUGAGGCACAAAAUUUGGUGACCAGAAUUAAUGCAAAUAAGUCUAUACCUGAGGUGUAUGAACAAGUUCGACAAAUGAUGAAAACCUUGAAUAUCGUCAGUUGCAAAUGAAGGACAUAAAAAUCCCCUUAAUUAAACUUCUGUAUUUGUAUUUUACAAAUUAACGCUAGCUGUAUUUGUUAUGAUUUGAUUCUCUCUCUCCUUUGUUAAAAAAUUGACAAAGGUGUUGCAUAAUUAUCACUAUUUUAUAGUUGAUUCGACAUAAACAAACACAUCCUGCACUGAUUGUUUCUUAUCAUCGACUCCUAGAAAGUCAUAUAAGUCAUGAUUAUUUUUCAUUUAAAAAAAAUUAUUUCAGUAGCAGAACUAUGCGAAAAUGAAGUAUUGGUGUAAAAUUAAAAUUAUUAAUUUCAAAUUUUUCUAUUUAUAUUCAAAGAAAGUAUUCGACUUUGAUCAUACUUUGUCAGUUAUAACACAAUUUAUUUCUUUGUUUUACAGAAAUAAAUGCGAUUUCCUUGUCUUUAUAUUCUUUGUACACACCCAGGCUCAUUAUUUAAACUAUUGAAAUUUCUAAAAUCUCUACAAAACCCCUUUUGAUAAUAAUGAAAUAUAUUGCCUAAUGAUGAGCUGUGCAAAUUUUUUAAGUGUCAUUUCAUGCACAGCUUUGUAAAUUUUGUUUUUUUGAUGGAUACCUUAUGAUUAUUUCAAAUUCUGAAGGACAUAAAGAUGUUUAAUAUGAACGGAAGCUACGUGUUCUAGAGAGCUCGUCGACUUAUCUUCACAAGAAUAAUCUCCUUAAACGAUUGAGAGAAGGUAAGAAUUCGAGAGGAGUGUGACAUGUCCCAAAAAGUCAAUAUUGUAAUACAAUUUUAUAUUAGAAACAGCCAUGAUUUUUGAACCCCCAAAGUGAUGGUAACCGAGAUCGGUGUUGUAAUAUCAAUUGAGGAAAAGUCCCUGAUGGUUAAAAAAUAAAGAAACUAAAUACUGC